UAAACUGAUUUGUUUUGAGUGUAUUAAAGGUUUCUUAUUUAUGAAAGUAAAAACAUCAAAGCCAAAUUAAUAUGUCUUGUCCCAUGCUUGGGUGUAAAUAGUAGAGUUCUCAGAAGUGCUUGUUACCGGCUUAUAACCUUUCCUGUUGAAGCUGGAUGCUGUAGGAAGAGUUGGGUACUAAGUUUCAGGAAUUCUACCACCUAAACAACAAUUAUGUAUCUGUGAAUGUUGAGGAUGAUGUUGAAGCGGUGAUUAUUGACCGUGGAGAAAACGGACUGUCUACACAAAGCUGCGUGUCAAUGGAGCAAAACUCUGAAGUAGAUGGUGUUGUUCACCAUGUGGCUCAACUUGCCUACGGAAGUGAAGGCUUGUCAAUGCUAGCUGAAAAAGUGGGAUCACAAAUGAACCAUUCAGCCAGUAUGCAGAGAGGAAGUGGUCACAACCCUGAAAAACUGGAUUUUGUGUUUUCGCAUAAUAAAAGAAAACGACUUGCCCCUACUCUAGUGGGACAGAAUGUGAUGAGAACCAGGGAAGAAGAAUAUGAAGAUAGUGACAGUGUAAUUUAUGAGUAUGAACCAGACUAUGAAUGUGGGAGUAUUGUAUCUGAAGCUUCCUACACUGAAGCUUCCUACAUUGGAGAUCAGCAGAAAACUCUUAUGGAGGUCCUCAGUUAUUGCCAGGCCAUGUAUGAUGCCAUUCAGAAAUUGGAUAAAAAAUUUGACCUGCUUCAUCGGAAGGUCUCAGAAAUGCAGCAUACUCGUGUAAAGCCACUGUUGCUCAAACCUAAACCAGUUGGAUUUACAUACAGAAGUUCCAGUCAUUUUCCCCAAGGAAAACUAAGAGUACAAAAAUCCAUGGAAAGGAAAUCAAGUCUUCAUCUCUCUUCACCGGGCCAGGGAACGCAUAGCCCUGUCAUAAGGGUUGCUUUACAAAAUGGCCACGUUCAGGUCAAUUCCACGUCAAAACAUGUUCAACAGAGUCUUCAGCUUGAAUCGCAGCAGCCUGUUCAUAGGCAGAGCCCACCACUCCCCACUAUAGUUUCUACACAUUCGUUGCAUUCAUCAUACACAGCAGCUAACAGGAUGCCUGAUCUUUCUCCACGAUCAAAUCUUGUAGCCAGCAUUGUGGAAAGUACUGUCAACGCUGCAUCUUCACCAGUGGCAUCAUCAAUGAUGCCAGCACCAUCUGAGACCAAUCUGGGAAAUAAUGCCAUGGUGGUGAACUACAGAAAUGCACCUGGGAGUGUGAAUAUUAAUAAAGAACUGCCAUCUUCUUCAGUCUCCAUCAAUCCUAGCUUUGAGUUUGUUGGUGACCCAGUAAGAAAUGUAAAAGUUCUUGGAAACUAUUUGAUGAAAGCUCGGCAAAAGACUAAACCAAAGUAUGCAGCGCGCUACUUAGUUCGUGUCUUGUUCCCCAAGGAAACGUUAUUGUGCAGCAUUAUGGGAGUGGGUGCACGAGGGCGCAGAACAUUGGAUCCCAACAAAAUCGCUGCAAUAAGAGAAUUUCUUGCAACUAACUUUCCAAACUAUGAUUUGAGCGAGCAUGGAAAAGACUGGAAAACCUGUAUCACAAAUGUCAAUGCUAUGAUCCGCUGUUUACGCUCUGAAACAAAAAUAAACCCAGAGACAGCUGAAGGGAAGGAGAAACUGGCUGAUACUCCAGAUACAUCUCAUUGUGUAGAUUUAAAUUAUAACGAAGAUAGUGAAGGCAAUUCUCAAAACUGUCAGAAAAUGACCAACUCCACAACUGACACAUUGCAGAAUUUGGGAUUGGAUAAGUUUCCAGAAGCUUUCCACACAGCUUUGGUCAAGAAAUCACAGUCUUUGGAACCUAUGGAACUUCUUGGAAGUCCGUGGCGCAACGUCCAGUUGCCUUUCUCAGUCAUUUAUGUAGCUAAGGGGAAGUCUCGGCCAGAGUUGUCAGCUCGCUACCUAAUUCGUCAUAUGUUCACUGAAGAUGUGCUGGUAAAAAGCAAUGUAUAUGGUAAUCUUGAACGUGGCAUGAGCCCACUGGACUGCAACAGAAUUAAUGCUCUUAGAGACUUUCUUCAAGAGAAUUAUCCAUCCUUUGAUCUAAAGGAAACGGGAUAUGAUUGGAAGGCAUGCGUGGCUGCCAUAAACAGCACAAUCCGCAGUCUCAGACAUGACCAUAAAAAGGCUACAGUUGGAAUCCGCCGGAAAGUCUUGGCAGCGCCACCAUUGAGUGCAAAGAGUCCUCCACAGAGUCCUACUUCAGUAAAGCCAUUUGAAAGUGACACUAUCAAUCUCACAGACUGAAACUCUCUAACAUCCGGCUCAAAUUUUAAUUUAGCAGGUUUUUAUAAAUCCCACCUAGAACCUAUUACAUUGAAUUGUCCUAUUAUACUGAGUUGUCAGCAGCAAUUAAUAGUAUUAUUUCAUGAGACCAAAGUUAGCAGAAGACUUGGGAACCCUAACUCCUUGUAUAAGUAGCAUUUGUGCUCCUCAGAAAUUACUUCCACUGUUUUCUGUAGCACUUAAAAUGUUCUCUCCCCUAAAAGCACCUUCUCAUGACUCAUUGACUGGAAGAUUAAUCUGAUUUGAUGUGCAGUGUAUCUUUUCUAGUCAGCAGAAGCAGCUAGAAGUGUGGAGAGGAAAGAAUGGUCCUCCUUGGAUGAAGAAUUGUAGGCAGCUACAUUAUCUCAUUAUGUGUGAGGAAUAAAAUUUGCUUUGACAAUUUGAUAUUUUAAGCAAAAACAUCUAAUGCAGAAAGGAAAAAAAAAUGUUUUAUUGCAUCUAGCUAACUUGUUAAUGUGUUUCACUUUUUUGCCUCCUAUAGCAGUGUUUGUUGUAGGGUAAGGAAAGAGGCAGGCAACAAUGUAAGUACAGUUAGUGACAUUUUCCUUUGCUCUGAUUUAGCUCUACAAAAGCACAAGAAAAGCAUCCAGAACAGUCUAAUCGUUACUUCUGUUUUCAUGAUGAAAAUUAAAGAAAAUACUACUUCAGGGUCUUGGUCUGCUGUUCGUUGGUAUAUGUGUCAUCCCCUGCUGUGGAUGUCCACAAGAUGCAAAUCUGCUUCAACUUUCACCUUAGAGGAUUUGGAUCCCAGUUCAGAUUUAAGAAAUAAUAAUUUCCAUCAGCUUCAAGUCAUUGGUCCUUCAGUUAAAACUGAGGACACAUGCUGUACUGUUAGUAUACAGUCAGAGAUCACCAGCAUCAGUGGUAUGCCUUCCCAAGCCCAUAGCUUUUAACAUUCAGGUCUGCUGUGAUAGUUUUAAGCCCUUCCGGGAUCGGAGACCAUGUUGCCGUUGUCCUUCCCCCACCC